AAUGCUAAUUUAUUUAAAAAAUGUUGGCUAUCAGGUUGAUAAACACAUUAAAUGCUCAUUAAAGUAACUGUGUUUUACCUUUACAUGUAGUGUACAAAAGGUACAACGGGGAGGCAAAUUUACAUUGACAUUGUUAUACGCAUGUCUACGCAGUUCACGCUAUUUACAGGGAGGGGGCACUGGCGUAGGCAAACUAUUAGCUUUGACUAUCCAGCCUUGCUAAAUCACCGCUCUCUCCAAGGAAACAAAACAAUAUAGAAUUGGGUUGACGGCGUGCAACAAGCAUAGACCCUCUCUCGACACGACAACGCGCUUUCCCGUGGAAUGAGCGUUCCAUGCAGCAUCCUAGGUAUGAAUGACGUGGCCUGGCAGGAGACAAGAGGUGGGAUGCUGCAUGCAAAUGGUGCUCCUGAGACUGGAGGUGUCAGAGUUCACGGUGGAGGGCCCCUAACCUCAGUUGGAGGAGCUGGGCAGGCUCCCGGAGGCCCACAUUUACAGGGCAUGGACAGGGGUCCUAACCCUACCCCAGGCACCCCGCAGCCUCCGCUGAGUGGACGAUCUCAGGAUGACGCCACGGUCGGAUACUUCUUUCAGAGGCAGCCUGGAGAGCAGCUUGGAGGGUGCGCACCCAGCAAGCAUCGCUGGCCAACUGGAGAUGCCAAUCAUGUUGACCAGGUCCGCGGUGUGGAUGAAAUGAACUAUGAUUUUCAAGCCCUUGCUUUGGAGUCAAGGGGCAUGGGAGAGCUUUUGCCUGCAAAAAAGCUCUGGGAUUCUGAUGAAUUGGCCAAAGAUGGAAGGAAAGGGAUGCUUCUUGGAGAGGAGUGGAGGGACAACGCCUGGGGAUCAUCUCAUCAUUCAGUGUCUCAGCCAAUCAUGGUGCAGCGGCGACCAGGCCAGAGUUUCCAUGGGAAUGGUGAUGCCAAUUCUGUGCUUUCACCUCGCUCAGAAGGUGGAGGCCUGGGGGUGAGCAUGGUGGAGUACGUCCUGAGCUCCUCUCCUGGUGACAAGAUGGAUGGUCGCUACAGGAACGGAGGAUAUGGUGGAGGAGAUGCUGACCAAGACGGGAGAGAGAAGGGUGAUGCCCAAGAGAAGAUGUCACCAUUUGAAGAGGACAAGAGCCCAGAGAUGAAGGUGGGAGAGGAGAGUGACCCAGCUAAAGCCAAUGGAAGAGGUUUACUAAACGGCAUGGACAGAGACUGCAAAGACUUCAAUCCGACCCCGGGAAGCCGUCAAGCUUCUCCCACAGAGGCUGUGGAGAGGAUGGGCCCCAGUCAGACAGGAUUAGAGAUGAUGGGACAGCACCACCCCCAUGCCCUCCAACAGCAGAACCUGCCCAAAACAAGGUCCCAAGCUGAGGACUUCCAGAACCAGGAGGCCCAGAACAUGGGAGGAAUGGAGCAGCAGGCCGGUGUGGAGUCCCUCCAGUUUGACUAUGCUGGGAACCAGAUUCAGGUGGACUCCUCAGGGACUCCUGUAGGAUUGUUUGACUACAACUCUCAGCAGCAGUUAUUCCAGAGAUCUAAUCCCCUGACUGUUCAACAGCUCACUGCAGCUCAGCAACAACAAUACGCCCUGGCUGCAGCCCAGCAGCAGCAUCUCGCUGGCCUUGCUCCUGCAUUCGUGCCAAACCCUUACAUCAUUAAUGCUGCCCCCCCUGGAGCCGAUCCCUACACUGCCGCUGGGCUGGCAGCUGCAGCCACGCUUGCAGGGCCCACAGUGGUUCCUCCACAGUACUAUGGUGUCCCUUGGGGUGUGUACCCAGCUAAUCUUUUCCAGCAACAGGCUGCAUCUACUGCCAAUCACUCAGCUAAUCAGCAAGCAUCCAAUCAGGGACCAGGGCCAGGCCAACCACAGGUGAUGCGCACAGGAACCAACCAGCGACCUCUCACACCAGGGCAAGGCCAGCAGAGUCAGCAAGAAUCUCUAGCUGCAGCAGCUGCUGCAAAUCCUGCAUUGGCGUACACAGGAAUGCCUGGCUAUCAGGUCUUGGCCCCUGCAGCUUACUAUGACCAGACUGGAGCUCUUGUGAUGGGCCCUGGUGCCCGAACUGGUCUAGGUGGGCCAGUUCGUCUAGUCCAGACCCCUCUCCUCAUCAACCCUGCUGCCGCACAGGCUGCAGCUGCGGUGUCUGCAUCUGGCUCUGGCAACAACAUGUCUGGUCCUCCAGCCAACGGGCUGUACCGCUCCAUGCCUCAACCUCAACCACAACCGCAGCAGCAGCAGCAGGCUCCCCCACCCAGCAGUGGCCUGCCCUCCAGCUCGUUCUACGGCUCUGGAUCAGUCCCUAACACUUCUCAGAGCAGCUCCCUUUUCUCACACACCUCUGCAGCCCCACCACCACCAAGCUCCUCCCUGGGCUUCAGCAGCACUGGCGGCUCUCUUGGCGUGGGCCUUGGCUCUGCUCUUGGAGCCUUCGGCUCUUCUGUAUCCAGCUCUACCAGUAGCAGUGUAUCUCGCAGGGACUCCCUGUUGGCUAGUUCUGACCUGUACAAACGUGGUGGCAGCAGUUUAACACCCAUUGGCCAGCCGUUUUACAACAGCCUGGGUUACUCCUCCUCACCCAGCCCCAUUGGCCUGACACCAGGUCACUCCCCACUCACUCCUCCACCUUCUUUGCCCUCUUCUCAUGGAUCCUCUUCCAGCCUUCACCUAGGUGGCCUGACAAAUGGCAGCGGGCGUUACAUUUCUGCAGCACCUGGAGCUGAGGCAAAGUACCGGAGCACCGGUGGUACGUCCAGUCUGUUCAAUUCCAGCAGCCAGCUGUUUCCCCCGUCUCGGCCCCGUUACAGUCGCUCUGAUGUCAUGCCGUCCGGACGCAGCCGCCUACUGGAAGACUUCAGGAACAAUCGGUUCCCAAAUCUCCAGCUCCGUGACCUCCCAGGACACAUGGUGGAGUUCUCUCAAGACCAACACGGAUCCAGAUUUAUCCAGCAGAAGCUAGAGAGGGCCACUCCUGCUGAGAGGCAGAUGGUGUUUGGAGAGAUUCUGCAAGCAGCAUACCAAUUGAUGACUGAUGUAUUUGGGAACUAUGUCAUCCAAAAGUUUUUUGAGUUUGGAAGCGCAGACCAGAAGCUGGCAUUGGCAACACGUAUCCGUGGACAUGUCCUCCCCCUGGCUUUGCAGAUGUAUGGUUGUAGGGUCAUCCAGAAAGCUUUGGAGUCCAUUUCCUCAGACCAGCAGAGCGACAUCGUCCGCGAGUUGGAUGGCCACGUAUUGAAGUGUGUGAAGGACCAGAAUGGGAACCAUGUGGUACAGAAGUGCAUUGAGUGUGUCCAGCCUCAGGCCCUCCAGUUUAUUAUUGAUGCCUUCCAGGGCCAGGUGUUUGUGCUCUCCACACACCCUUACGGCUGCAGAGUGAUCCAAAGGAUUUUGGAGCACUGCACCCAGGAGCAGACUCUACCCAUCCUGGAAGAGCUGCAUCAGCACUCUGAACAGCUGGGCCAGGAUCAGUACGGUAACUACGUGAUUCAGCAUGUUUUGGAGCACGGCAGACCAGAAGAUAAGAGCAAGAUAGUGGCAGAGGUUCGUGGAAAGGUUCUUGUACUGAGCCAACACAAAUUUGCAAGUAAUGUUGUGGAGAAGUGUGUGAUCCACUCCUCACGUGCUGAGAGAGCUCUGCUGAUAGAUGAAGUGUGUUGCCAGAAAGAUGGGCCUCACAGCGCCCUGUACACCAUGAUGAAGGACCAGUACGCCAAUUACGUUGUCCAAAGGAUGAUUGACAUGGCAGAACCCGCUCAACGCAAAAUCAUCAUGCACAAGAUCCGGCCUCACAUUGCCACUUUGCGCAAAUACACCUACGGGAAGCACAUUCUGGCCAAGCUAGAAAAGUACUACAUGAAGAGCGGAUCUGAACUAGGUCCCAUUGGCGGCCCCACAAAUGGCCUCAUGUAGUCCUGUCGACAUCCCGGGUCCCCCCCCUGAAGAAGAAGAAGGUGAGGACGAGGAGGAUUAGCCCCAAACCCCCUGUUCUGUGAGAGAUGCUCCUUAGCCAUAGGGCCUUUGACACCCUUUGACAUCCCAUUUUUUGGGGGAAUAACCAAAAAAAAAAAAAAAAGACAAGUCAACUUCACCUAAGAACGCUGUGACAACUGACCCCUGCCACUCUGCCACCCCUGGUGCAGGCCCCCAGCGUGGCCCCAAGGGUACACACAGUCAGCAGGCCGAUUUCUUUCUUUUUUUUUUUCUUCUUUUUUUUCCUGGGUAAAGCACAAGCCCAUUGUUAAUGAUGUAAUUGAUGUAUUUGACUGGUUUUCAUAUUAUCCUUGUACAUUUUAGUUUUUUACCUUGUAAAUUCUCUGUAGAAAAAAAAAAACUUAUUAAACAUUUGCUGAAAUUUACAAUUCUUACAAUUAACACCAGCAAGUGACUUUAUAAGGCUAAACUGAGAGAUCCUUUUAAAAAAACAAUUCCCUUUGUUUUUGUAACCAGACUUACUAUGUCAACUGUUCUAAUCAAGUCUAGGCAAUUGAAUAUUAUAUUUGUAUAUUAUCCCAUGCACAGUAAAAGUGUUUUCCCAUGCCAAAGCAGCUGAUGGAUUAGUUUUCAAAUAGCACUACAUAGUAAUGGAUGGAUAUGAACUCCUCCGUCCACAGGUGAGUACUAUGUGUCACGUGCCACAGAAGUCUUGGCUUUGGGGAUUGGUGCUUUAGUCUAGGGUAGUGACUUUUUUUUGUUUGUUUUGUUUUUCUAGUGGUGGUGGCUUUUUCUUGCCUCUUUUUUCCAGGCUAAGUGGGGGGGAAAGGGGCAGAAAGCGUGUGUUUACCCCAGCAGCUUGUAGUCUGGUAGUCUGCCUGACGUUUCGGUACUAAACACUUACAUCCUGACAAACCUGAGCUGCUGCAUCCACUGAGCCCCAUUUGAGCCGUCUUUUACUUUCCCCCCUCAUCCUGGUGAUCGCUUGGGAGGGGGGGGGGGGCAUUUAUGCAAGAUAAAAGCUACCAUUAACUUAUAGAAGCAGAGCAUGAGGUUUGGUUGUACAGCGGGCGUUUAACCUGGUAUAAUCUUAACGUGAAAUGACCGUAGUGGGGAGCUUUUUUUUUUCUUUUUUCUUUUUUUUGAGGGAAUAGCAGGGGUGGGAGGUGGGGUAUGCGUUGGCAUGCUGUGACAGGUUUUAAUCCUUGGAAUGAUUUUUUUCUUUAUCAUGUUUUGUGUAACAUCUUCUUUGUCUUGUAGUUUGAGAUGAACACUGCCCUAGAAAACAGUAUCUUUAUGUACUGAAUAAUCAUCUCUUGCGUAGAAGUAGUUUAGCGAUGUAUAGCAUCUUUAUGUAUCAGUAAAUUGUUGCUUUUGGGUCGGGGGCUUGCAGCAAUGAUGGGACCCCCACCGCCUGAAGGUCUGAGUAGUCCAAAAAAAAAGUUGUGAAGUGGAGUUCAUCCCAGCUUUGUAUAGCUGAGGUGAACUGAAUUAGAGCUAGUGGAGAAGUGGAAGAAAGGGAUGUUGGAAGAACCUUUUGUUUCUUUUUUUUUUCUUUCUUUUUUAUGGUCCUGUUUUUGCUUUUAAAUUUUUUUUUUUUCAUUUGGUUGGGUAUGCAAGUGCAUUGGUGGAGGCCGGUGGGGCCAUCAAAAGCUAUACAAUUCACCUGUAAUGCUCGUAGUGAUGGCUUCUUUGCUUCAUAUGAAUAAUUGUAGAAUACAUGUAGUAUAUGUGCAGUUAAUUAAGUGUAAGAUUAUUAGUUUAAUUGAAAAAAAAUGUCUAGUUGUGGUGUUUGACAGGCCUUGCUCUAAAUUUGUAGUGAUGCUUUUAUUUCGUCUGUACAGUUGUACAUUUGUAAACGUUUAUGCUGUAAAUGGGAUGUCUUUUACACUUUUUGGGGAAAAAAGGCAAAAAUGUGCAUUUUGAUGUGUGUAUAUUCAUCACUCCUUUCCCCCCUGAAUAUAAUGUAUACAGUUUUAUUUGAUCAAGUGUUAUUUUAAAGGAAAAAAAAGUUUAUGGCUUCACAAUCUGGCAUGGUUUCUGUUUUUAAUCUGUUAUGGGAAAGGCCAGCCUCUAUUUGUACUGGAGCUGUAACAUCCACUGUUGAUAGUCUUUCUGAUGUGUGACAGUUUAAAAAGGAAAACAAACACUCUGUACUAAAAACUGAGGCUGCAUUUAGUCCUCUCUGCUACCAUGGAAACUUCACAGGAUAUGACGAGAAUUAUUUUUGUACAGAAGAGUGCUGUAUUUUGGAACAGCUUCUACCUUGUAAGCAAAAGCAAUGUAAAAUAUUGUCAAUUAUAUAAAUAUGAACAUAUGAGUUUUGUCACACUGUCAAAGUCAUGUACAUUUUCAGGUGGCCUUAUGUACAUUUCCAGAUGUUAGAUGAAGAAAACAAACUCAUUUUUGGAAGCAGAAUUGUGACUAUGUAUGAUUAAACUGUUCUUCUAACAUUUGA